UGCGGCAUAAAUUAGCUUAACUUUUUUGUAGCUAGGCUAGUUCUCAAAGCCUCAUUGAGGUAUGAGGUAUGGUAUUUAUUUUCUGUGGCAAAGAGAGCUGAAGUUGUCAAAAAUAUAAACACAUCAUAACCUACCAAUUCCGGCAAAAAUAUCUUAUUUUUGUUUAAUUUAGAACAAAAUCUAUGUCUUCAUGGCCUUUGGAACGAAGCUAAAUCAAGAAGUGCUUUAAUCAGACGCCAUGGUGGUGAUAAAAUGGAGAUUCGAGGGGCUGUUUCAAAGGAUAAAGGGAAAUAUAACAUGGAGAAUAUCACAAGCUUCAUUGACAAUUCAAUCUCUUACUUAUAAUGAACACAUGAGCCAAAGCUAUGCUAUUGAUUUCAUGUUGGAACCAAUUUUUUGGUUUGUGGAUAAUUUUGCGCAAUAUUUAGGAAGGAUGUUUGUGUUCUGUGUGACUGUGCUAACUUCUGCUGUAGUGGCCAUUGCAUAUUGGGUUGGACUGCCAUACUGGUGGCAAAGAUGCCCAUAUACUGCAUCAUUUCUAGUCAUUUUUGGCAAUUGGCUGUUAUUGAAUAUUGUGUUUCACUACUACAAAGGAGUUGUGACACCACCUGGAUAUCCACCUGAGGGCACUUUGAUUGCCGAUGCAGCAAGUAUAUGCAAGAAAUGUAUAUUGCCAAAACCACCGCGCACCCAUCACUGCUCUGUGUGUGACAAAUGCAUCCUAGCAAUGGACCACCACUGCCCAUGGUUGAACAACUGUGUUGGGUACUACAAUGCCAGAUAUUUUUACCUCUACAUGGUUUAUAUGGUGACCGGAGUCACAUUUAUCAUUAUUGCUGGUGUUGAUAUAGGAUAUCAAGUACUCUGGCUGAAUGAUACAGGUGGAAUCAUUCCCAACAACGAUCCCGACCUGAUCGGCCACCCAGUUCGACUCAAUCAGACCGGCGCUUUAGUCCCAGUCAAGGUAAUAGUAGAAUACGAUUCAAUCAAUUUCCCACGCGAGCAUAAACUACCUGUGCCACCCAUUUUAGAAACACAGAGAAUAGCUGCGCACCCCUGGAAAAGAAAAGCCGUUGUUUUCAUGGCAGUUACCUGCGUAGCGGUUUUCUUAGCAUUGGGAACAUUAACCAUAAUCCAUGGAAAGAAUAUAGGAAGAGGAGAAACAAGUGUCGAAGCUCACAUAAACGAGAAGUUGCGAAAAGAAUCGGAAGGUGCUUUCCGCAAUCCAUACGAUUUCGGAAGGUGGAGGAACUGGAAGCUGUUCCUGGGUCUGGUUCAAGGAAGGAAUUUCUUUAGACACGUUUUGUUACCCUCUGGCCAUGCGCCUUUUGGAAACGGACUAAGCUGGCUUACCAUUAACGAUGCGAUUGAGGACUGGCCCUAGCGAUGUUUUCAAGGAGUGUGGAUUGUUCGUAUGAUCUCAUCGAAGUUUUCAAAACCAGUGUUCACAAGAAUACCAAUAAAUAAAAAUGUGAGACUGUCCAGCAUCUAUCAGGUCAGAAACAAAUCCGAAGAAAUACUGCCCACAUUAAGAUGGUGGAUAAAAGUAAUAGAACAAAUUGUGUUAUGCUGAUUUCAAAUUAUUAUUUUUUCUAUGCUAGCAUGUAAAAGAAAUAUUAAAUUGUUUAUUUUAGUGAAUCAAAAUAGGCAGGUUUUUAGAGAUUUAAAUGCAAUUGAGUUCGUUAUUACUAUUUUAAACUUGUCACUGAUAUUAAAAUUUGCGAGAUAGUAGAUAUAGUACUUUUUAUCUUAGUCUAAUCUAGUCUCUAUUAGAUAUAAGUAUCUAGCUGCUAACCGACUUUUUAACUUGACUUUGAUUUUGACUACAAGGAUGGCCAAGCGGGUGAUCGAGCGAAAUGCGCGGCGCGCUACAUGUGACCAUGUUGCGGGUCCGAACUCCGCUUAGGUCAGGCGUUUAUCUGAUCCAAAAAUGCUUGUCUUGUAUCUGUCUUUGACCAUGUGACUUGAUUGUGUGUGAACCCUCAGCGACUCAAGGAUUAACACCCUGAGACAGCGAGUCGUUUAAAAAAACUAUAAACUACGACAAAGACUGACGUCCAUUUGCAACUGAAUGGCCAUUAAUUGUUAUACCUGAAUGCAUUCUGUCAGCCUGUUAUCACAUUUGUUAUAUACUCCAUCCAUCUUGAAGCUGUACCUGAAAAGUUAUGGAAAUUUGGUAAUUUUAUAGAUUUUUAAGCACCAUAACGUGUGUUAGAUUCUGACCUAUUAGAGACAAUAUCUUGUAUUUUGUGAAGAUAUAACGAACACAUUAUUUGUUAAUGUAUUAUUGAAUCAAAAUAACUUGUAACGCACAUAUAACUUUACACUUGCAGUUCUAUAAUAAAUUAUUUAUUGUAUUUAGGCAAAGACUUGUUACAUUUCUAGAGAUAGUUUAAGUAGAACAUAAGAAUUUGGCCCCAAAUCCGCUAUUUACAAUGGCCGAUGAAUUAAUGGUAAAUGGAUUUGACACUAUUCGUAUUUUUCUAAGCAUUUUGCCAUUACAAUAAUUGGAAAUUAAUAGUAUUGAACGUGAGUAUUCCCCCGUACUGAAUUUCCAAUUAUUGUGUUAGGAAAAUGGUUGGGAGAAUACUAUUUCCAUGCAUACAUCGGCCAUUGUAAAAAGCGGAAUUGGGGCCCUCUUAUUCAGACCAUUUUUACGAAGUAUAAUGUUAGGUAAUGAUGUAAUUCUGAUAGUAUUUUCAAGUUAUGAUAGCUCGACGGUGCACUAUACGUAGAGCAUUGUUUUUUAUUCCACUUAUUGUAACGGUUUAAAACGUGAUGAUAGACUCGCAAUUAUAAAUGUAGGUAAAGCUAGAUUUCUUAAGUAAUACUACUAAAAACCAUAAGUUUAUUGUAAAAUUUGGUCAAUGAAAAAUAUUGUCGUUAAACUCCUAGUAAAUUUAGAUGAACAUUUUAAAGUGCAAUUGAAUAUACACAACAGAUUAAUAAUUAAUUAACCUAAAGAGCAAUAAUAAAGUAACUAAACUGCCUGUUAUAACUUUAUUGUCAUUAGUAAGUAAUUAUAUUAAUAUCUAACUCAUAGUACAAGCUUUGCUUAGUUAAAGAUAGAUGGCGCUGCAUUAAAGGUGUUGAAUAUUAAAAUAUUAUUAAUAGAUCAAUUUUGAGAUUAAAGAUUAAGAUGAUCAUUUGUUGAUGCUUUGAGUGUAUACUCUAGCCUGCUAGACACUUCAGAUUACUGGUUACUACAAACAUUCCAACUGAACACAGGAACAUAUUGUGUCAAUAAAUAUGUUUUUGAAAACAGAUUAUUAAACUUAGUAAUAGUGUAUGUCAAUAAUAGCAGCUUUACAUUCUGUGAGUAACAACACCUGCAUAUGACAAGCAUCACAUUGUUGUUUAGAAAUAGUAAAUCAAUAAUAUUGAAUUAUUUAUCAUAAGUCGCAGUAAAUAUCGCAGGUAAAGUUACUCAUAGAAAGUAAAGAUACUAUUGACGUAAGUAAUUAUUUUAUUUGUUUGGUUUUAUCACCAAUUAGUUACAUUUUCAGAAAUUGUUUAAGUUUUAUCUAAUAAUUUCGUAUGCUGGCUUAAUUGUCAUUAAAACACUAGGUCCCAAUUCCGCUAUUUACAAUGAAGGAUCAAUUAGUCGAGAUUACAUUAGGUACAUUUGACAUAAAUCGUACUCUCCUUAGCAUUUUUUUAUUAACAUUUUGGAAAUUCACUGUAUUGACAGUGAGUGUCCCAUCCCUUACUAAAUUUCCAAUUA